AACUAUGGCGCGCUAAAAUCUUAGCAAAUUUUAAAAUCAUUUGAAACUACAUUUUGUAAAUAAAUAAAGACAUUUAUAAAGAAAUAAUAAAAAAUGACUGAUAUUAAAGUAACAGCGGAGUGGAAAAGAAGAGUGAAAUCUGAAUAUAUGAAAAUACGGCAUCAAAAACGAAUUAAAAGAGCUGAUGAAGUCAAAGUAGCCUGGAGUAAUAAUUGGAUAAAAAUGACGAAAACACUGGAAGAGGAAUAUGAUAGAAUGCAAGAAAAUGAUGUUGUUUGGGAUCCUCAACCAAUAAAGUUACCUCACGAAGAUUGUAUGAAAAAAACUGAAGUGUCUGGUAGCGAUGGUGAAAUUCAGAGAAUUCCAAUUCGAGUUAUGUACUCCGUAACUCCGAUUCCUACAAUGUAUACCUGGGCACCCAUACAACAAAAUUUUAUGGUUGAAGAUGAAACAGUUCUACAUAACAUUCCAUAUAUGGGCGAUGAAGUUUUAGACCAAGAUGGGAAAUUUAUUGAAGAACUUAUUAAAAAUUAUGAUGGAAAAGUUCAUGCUGAAAAGGAUCUCUCUUUUAUGGAUGAUUCCAUAUUUGUAGAAUUGGUGCAUGCUUUAAUACCUUACUGUUCCAAGGAGGACAACGGACAAAAUUCACCAAUUAAAACAAAUGCAGAUACUCCAGAAACACUGAAUGUCGAAAAAGAAAUCGAAGUAAAAGAAGAAAAUAUAUUAGUUAAAGCCGACAAAUUACCAUUUCCGCAACCGAUUAUAUUUCAUACGAUUAGCAGUAAUUUUCCGGAUAGAGGUACUCCUGAAGAAUUAAAAGAAAAGUAUAUUGAAUUAACUGAAAGACAAGAUCCAGAACGUCCACAAGAAUGUACACCAAACAUUGAUGGACCAAAAGCGGAAAGUGUUUCACGAGAACAAACUUUGCAUUCAUUUCACACCUUAUUUUGCCGAAGAUGUUUCAAAUAUGACUGCUUCUUACAUCGUCACCAAAUACCCGAAAUUUCAACGAAUUCCAAUGGACUUAAUAAUGUUCAGCGGAUUGGAUUACAAGCUUGCCAUCCAGGACCAAAUUUGCAAAAACGUCGUUUUCCUGAAUUAAAACCAUCUGCAGAUCCUUGUGGUUUAGCUUGUUAUAUGUUAUUGGAUGGUAUGAAAGAAAAGCUAGCUGCGGAUAAUAAAAAGAUUCCUUUAGUUUAUUCUGGAAAUGAAGCAAGUAGUGAAGAUAGUAACGACAGUAAUAGCCAAUAUAGUAAAGAUUUUCAAAACGAAAAUAAAGAAGAAACGGGUUGUUCAGCUUCUUCUGCAGAAAUUAAUUCCAUUAUGGCUGGAAUGAUGAAUACAACUAACUCAAAUUGCGUAUGGACUGGUGCUGAUCAGUCAUUAUUUAGAGCAUUGCACAAGGUUUUUUUAAAUAAUUAUUGUGUAAUAGCACAAGCAAUUAUGACGAAAACUUGUCAACAAGUUUAUGAAUUCAGUCAAAAAGAAGCAUUCGAUUUUUCGAUUGAAGAUUUACGAAUUGAUUAUACCCCACCUAGAAAAAAGAAAAAAAAAUACCGCGCAUGGUCUCAACAUUGUCGAAAAUUAUUCAAUGUAUCUAAAAAAGACACAAGUUCGAAUCAUGUUUAUAAUUUCAGUCCAUGUGAUCAUGAAGGCCAAUGUGAUAAAAAUUGUCCAUGUAUGAAAUCAUCAAAUUUUUGUGAGAAAUUUUGUAAUUGUAAAAGUGAUUGCGCAAACCGCUUUCCUGGUUGCCGUUGCAAAGCUCAAUGUAAUACCAAACAAUGUCCGUGCUAUUUAGCUGUACGUGAAUGCGAUCCAGAUUUAUGCCAUUUUUGUGGAGCUAGCCAAUUUAAUUUGACGAAAAUUAACUGUAAGAAUGUCAGUGUCCAAAGAGGAAUGCAUAAACAUUUGUUGAUGGCUCCGUCAGACAUAGCUGGCUGGGGAAUAUUUUUGAAAGACAGUGCCCAAAAAAAUGAGUUCAUAUCAGAAUAUUGCGGAGAGAUUAUUUCGCAGGACGAAGCCGACCGACGUGGAAAAGUUUACGACAAAUACAUGUGCAGUUUUCUGUUUAAUUUGAACAAUGACUUUGUUGUUGAUGCGACACGUAAAGGAAAUAAAAUUCGUUUUGCAAAUCAUUCUAUAAGUCCUAAUUGCUACGCAAAAGUUAUGAUGGUCAAUGGAGAUCACCGUAUUGGAAUAUUUGCUAAAAGAGCUAUACAACCCGGGGAGGAAUUGUUCUUUGACUAUCGAUAUGGACCAACGGAACAGUUGAAAUUUGUUGGAAUUGAAAGAGAAAUGGAAAUCGUCUAAUUAGAAAUCAUAAUUGGAACUGGUGGCGAAUUGAAUGAAUUUUUUGUCAUUGUUCAUAUACAUAAUUUCAUUUUUAAUUUGUUUUCGUAGAAUGUCAGGAUUUUAUAAUUCAUAUUUAUUAAUUCAUUGUACUUUUGAAUUUUAUGUAAUAUUAAAUAUAUUUGCUUUAUAUUUUUAAA